AUAACGCACGACGAUAAAUGAAUAAUUAAUUAACAACGGACAUAAUUAUUUUUGGUCGUAUUAUUAAAGCAGUCAAAGGAUAUUUUCAAUAAAUUCAUCUGGAUAACCACCGAAGAAAUAUUUCAAAUUUAAUUGAACAUUAUAAAGGAUACGGAAGAGGUUGGAGCAAAAAAAGGUACAAUUAGGAAAUAAACGAAUAUCAAUUAAAUAAUUGGUGCUUCAGGAAAACUGUUAACGCAUCUUCCACGAGACGACACACAAAGGACAUAUGACUUGUUUUUUUUUUAAAUGAAAAUAAUAUAAUGAGAAUACCUACGGGACGAUAUCUUGUUUAACGAAAAAAAAAAUAUUAAAAUAAAAUAGAAAAAAAAAGAAAUUGUAAAAGACACAAAAGUUGUAAGGAGCAAAAAAUAAUAGAUAAAAGAGACAGCAGAUGCAACAAAAGCAGAUCAAAAGCCGAGUAUGAACGAAACAUCACACAUCAAAGGAAAAAAUUCACGUUAGAGAACGUUCUUUUGUUCUUUUUCUCCGUUUUAUUGUUUCGUUCAAACAACAAUUUUCGCUGAAGCUCGACCUACAUCGCAAAGAGACCGAAUGGUGUUACAACGGCUUUGCAGCGAAUUCAUUUAGCAUUCUAAUGUUGGGACUCACUGACAUCUAGGAGUGCAAUUGUUUCAUCCGAAAACACGUAAACAAGCAGCUAACAAAAAAGGAGAUACAACAAAAAAAAGCAAACAAACACGAAAAAUGAAAAAAUUACGGUUGUUAACGUCAGCGUCAGUACCAAAGCUCAGUCACACUUCCUACACAUUUCUCUUCUUGCUUUGGCGAAUAUUUGCCGUUUGCAGCGCAUCGCCAUCCAAAUUGGCGCAAAACAACAACAAUGGCGAACGGAUUACGGGUCAGAGAUUCGCAAUGGAGCCACAAGAUCAAACGGCAAUCGUAGGCAGUCGCGUAACGUUGCCGUGUCGCGUAAUUGAAAAACAGGGAAUGUUACAAUGGACAAAAGAUGACUUUGGUCUCGGAACACAUCGCAAUCUCAGCGGUUUCGAUCGUUAUUCCAUGGUUGGCAGCGACGAAGAAGGCGAUUUCUCACUCGAUAUCUACCCCGUGAUGCUCGAUGACGACGCCAAAUACCAAUGUCAGGUUGGUCCAGCGCCCAAUGGUGCCCCUGGAAUUCGGUCCCGAUUCGCGACAUUAAUUGUCUUGGUGCCGCCAGAACCGCCAAAAAUUGUGCAGGGGGAUUAUAUGGUGACCACAGAGGGACGCGAAAUCGAGCUCGAAUGCAUUUCGCAUGGCGGCAAACCAGCUGCAGAGAUAACAUGGAUCGAUGGAUUAGGCAACGUCCUCACCGACGGCAUCGAAUACAUGAAGGAGCCAUUGGGCGAUACGCGUCGUUUCACCGCAAAAUCCAUCCUGAAGUUGACACCGAAGAAGGAGCAUCACAACACGACGUUCACGUGUCAGGCGCAGAAUACGGCAGACCGCACCUACCGCUCGGCAAAACUAAAGUUGGAGGUAAAAUAUGCGCCCAAAGUGCAAGUCAAGGUAAUUGGCGGCGCUCUCGCUGGCGGACGAAUCCCUGAAGGCGCAGAAAUUCGACUUUCAUGUCGUGCCGACGCCAAUCCCGGAGACCUUACGUAUCGCUGGAGCAUCAAUGAGCGACCCGUUGUCGGCGAUUACACCACUGAAAUGAUUAUUCAUAAUGUCACGAGAAAGUAUCAUGGUGCAGUUGUGAAAUGCGAAGUGCACAAUGCCGUCGGGAAAAGUGAAGCGAGUCAAAUGUUGGACAUAAGCUAUGGACCCGUGUUCAAAACAAGACCAAAAUCCGUAGAAGCCGAUGUAGAUCAGGUCGCUGUGUUGACAUGUGACGUUGAUGGCAAUCCUCCGGCAGAUAUUGUGUGGAUUCAUGAACCGACCGAUAGAGUUGUCGCCACAACUACCAAUUUGACGUUCGCCGUGACGCACGAGAACUCCGGUCGAUAUUAUUGCAAGGCCAGCAUCAUGGGUUUCCCGGAAAUCGGUGCCGAAGCGUCAGUUUACCUCAAAGGUCCGCCGUCAAUUCGUUCGCCACGUCGCCAAUUCGGCAUCACCGGUGACAAUGCACGCCUCGAAUGCAUCGCAUUCAGUGUGCCAAAGGCACGUCAUGUCAUUUGGACAUUUAAUGGACGUGAAAUUAACACGAGCAACGACCAUGACUAUUCGAUACUGGAGGAUCCGUUGCCAGAGGGCAUCAAAUCAUCAUUAAUUGUGACAGAAAGCAAUUCCAGGCAUUUUGGCAAAUACAAUUGCACGGUCGUGAACGAGUAUGGCAACGAUACGCUCGAGAUAGAGUUGAUGGCACAGAAGAGUGUUCCGUUACUAAUGGUCGUCGUUGGAGCCGUGUCUUUGCUUGCGAUCGUAAUGAUGGUUAUAAUGAUAAUGGUUAUUUAUUUGAAACGUGGAAAAAGGAAGCUGCCACCUGCCGACGUUAUUCCAGAUCAUCAUAUCUCGGAGAAGGGAUAUAAGGAGAGCGAUAGAUCUUCCAAUAUUAGCGACUUGAAAAUUGAUCGGGAUCACGAGUAUUCGGAGACUUGUUCGGGCACGGAUAGCAUUGCGACGCGACUUGCGAUGAAUAUUCUCGGAUCGACGGGCGGAAGUGGUGCAGGCAGCAAUCAAGGCGGAGGCGGAGGUGUGCCAUUAGCGGGACCUGUGAAGAUUCCGAGCGAUUAUCGCUACUCGGGCGACUACACCGAUGCCUUAGGCCAUUUGCAACUAAAAUCAGGCCAAAACAACAAUGGAUAUGUCCCAUACGUCGACUACUCACGUGAUUACAGUCCUCCGCCAUCUCAGUUACAACGCAACUACAACACGUUAAGCAGCACCGGCACCUACGUCACAGGCGCCGUAACAUCACCACCAACCUCACAAUCGUCCCAACAAUUAAACGGACAAUUACCGGGCGGCAAUUUGAGCUUAACGAGAAAUCGUCAACAAGAAUUGCGGCAAGACAAUGGGCUUCCCAGCAUCCAGAGCAGCAUGAAUUCCCUGCCAAAUGUGUUAUUAGGUCAUCAAGCCUUACUGCAAAACGGACUGAGUCUCGAUCCCCGCUUCAAUGCCACGUACGGCAAUCCCUAUCUGCGGAACUCAAACACAUCUCUGCCCCCGCCAAGUACGGCAAAUCCAGCAGCGACACCUGCCCCGCCUCCCUACGUCAAAUGUCCAACCAGUAGUAACUAUAGCGGACUCAUUGGCAUCAAUACCACAAGCUUGAAUAGCGGUAGCAUCAUCGGCAUUAGUAGUGCGAACCAUAUUUCGCAGCAACAACAACAACCGAGUCCGCAGCCAUCGCUAACGACGCAACUCACAAGUCCCUCAUCCAACUCCGGGCAAUUCAUUCUUCCAACGAACGGCAACAUCAAAAAAGGCUCCCUCGCCACGCACGUUUAA